ACUUUGCGGAAGCGCGCGGCGGUGCGACCGUUGGUCUCGGAACUCCCUCGAAAGCUCAAAAAAAAAUUUUCACACACCCGCGAAACGCAUCCACGGUUAAACGGUCGCCGUUUAAACGCCGCUCGAGUCCGACAAUGGCCAAGAACACGACCACCGCCAAGUUUCGCAACGUGGACGUGGAUUUGUACGACGACAACAAGUACGUGGACGAUGAGGAAGGAGGCGAGAACCAGUCGGGACCCGACUCGGCCGAGGUGGACGCGUGUAUCAGGCAAGGAAAUAUGAUUGGAGCUCUCCAGGCUGCACUGAAAAAUCCCCCAAUUAACACAAAGAAUCAGGCACUUAAGGACCGGGCAGAAAAUACUGUUCUGAAGGUUUUGACUUCAUUUAAAAAUAAUGAUAUUGAAAAGGCAGUUCAGUCCCUCGACAAGAAUAGUGUUGAUCUCUUGAUGCAGUACGUCUACAAAGGCUUUGAGAAGCCAUCGGAAAACAACAGUGCAAAUUUACUACUGUGGCAUGAAAAGACUUUAGCAGCCGGAGGAGUGGGAAGUGUUGUAAGAGUUCUAACAGCAAGGAAGACAGUUUAAUUAUUGAAGGCAGGAGCAGCUGUCUGGUACAGAGGAAUUGUUGGCGCCCAGACCAAAAGAACCAGUUUGUGCAACUUUGGAGUCAUAUAAUCUUUCUAUUUUACUUUAUUUUUUGGCUUGCUUUUUAUGGCUAAUCUGUAUACAUUAUUAUCUCCAUUCUACUGUCAACCAGAAUCCAUGGUGCAAUUUAUCCUGGUUUUAUAUGCACAGUAUUCAGUACAAUGUUUGUACCUGAAUUAGAACAUUUCAAACACCUGGUUUUACAUUCCUUUUAAAAAGUAAACAAUGCGGAAUUGCCAGACAACUGAGAUAUAUAUUUUUUUCAGAAAAUCUUUACUGAGGUUGUACCAUUUCCUUAAAUGUUCAGUUGAAUAAAGGGUACAGUGGAUG